GCGCCUCUCUGUUGCUUGGCGGCAAAGCCAAGUUCUUCGUCCAGAAGAGAAAAGGCCAUUGGUUAAUUUCUGGCAAUCAUGGUACGUACAAAAGUAGAAAUCAAGAGAAUUGAGGAUAAGGCUAAAAGGCAUACCACUUUCACAAAACGUAGACAAGGUCUUUUUAAGAAAACCAAGGAGUUGGUGAAAAGAUGCGACGCUGAAGCGGCUGUGAUCACGUUUUCUUUGGCCGGCAAUAUCUUUGCAUUCGGCCAUCCCUCCGUUGACAACGUGGUGAACCGCUACAUUGCUGCCAUGUCUGCUCCAGAGCUCGGUGAAGUUGUUCCGGUUCAUGAAGAGGCAGAGGAUGCAGUGAUUGGGACAAAUGAAGAUGAUGAGACGUUGGGACUGGAGGUGCCACUUGAUGAUAUGGGUAUGACUGAACUUGAGGAGUUGGAUCGCACAAUGACAGAGAUGAAGAAGAAAGUUGUUGACAAAAUAGAUGGGAUAAUUUCAUGUUCAAAGAAUUGA